AUGAUUCGAGUUCAAGGAUCCCAUUGUUUCCGACCACGGAGCUUUGCACCCCUGCAGAGCUCCCUGGGCUACUAUCGCUUCCUUUCACAAACCUCGCCAGGCUAUGGCUGUCACAAACAAACCCCCUCGUCUGCAGAAACCCCGCAAAAAGGAAUUAAGGAUAGUGCACCCUCGCCGACUUCAUCGGUGCUACGCUCGGCCUUCUGGUCGUGCCGCUCCACAUGGCGACGAGCCGGGAUCAACACCCUCCGCUGUUUGGUCGGGUGCACAGUCGGUGAUUUUACAGCCCUAUGGACUCUACAAUCCUAUUACCCCGAACUGGGCAUGAAUAGCAUCAUGCUUGCCUCAAGUAUGUAUUCUCCGAAAGCGAAGCGCCCGCGCAAAAGUUUACAUGAAACGUGGUCGGCUAAUCCAGGACGGAACGGAAUAGUGGCCUCGGGCAUCACGACUUCGAUUAUUCUUGAAACGGUACUGUUAAGACGUGGUGCCGAUCAAUUGUCUUGGACGAUGGCGGCGCGGACCGCGAUGGGGAUGAGUAUGGUUUCGAUGAUCGCGAUGGAAUUGGCGGAGAACGCCGUUGACUAUCACCUCACCGGAGGAGUUAUUGCUCUCGACGAUCCCAAGUUUUGGAUGGCGGCGGUCUUAUCGAUCGGUGCGGGCUAUCUUGCACCACUGCCAUAUAACUAUCUCCGUCUGCGAAAGUAUGGAAAGGCAUGCCAUUGA